AUGAUUACGACUUCGAGAAAACACAGAGAUGUAUACAUUGAUAACUUAAAACCAAAGACAGAAGAGCAAUCAACUUUGAUAGGUUUUGUUAAACAGACUGGAAAUCAGAAAUAUCAUAUAAAUGAUCCUAAGCAAAAAGAGGCUACAGAUGCAUUAAUUCAGUUUAUUGCCGGUGAUUUACUUCAGUUUGCUACAGUUGAAAGCCAAAGCUUUAGGAACUUUGUUGAAAAACUUGACCCAAAAUUUAACCUUCCAAGCAGAAAACAUCUCUCGUCUAAACUUAUUCAUACUAAAGACAAGGAAGUACGUCAAUUAUUGCACGACAAUCUUAAAAAAGCUGGUCACAUCUGUCUCACUGUUGACCUAUGGUCUAACAGGUCAAUGAAAGGAUUUCUUGGCAUAACAGCUCAUUAUGUAUUAAACUGGGAAAUGAAAUCUGCAAUGAUUGCUUGUAAACGGUUCAAAGGUAGACACACUGCUGAGAAUAUCUUACAUGAGUAUGAAGAGUGUAUAACAUCUUUUGAUAUUAAUGAUAAGAUUUUCUGCGAGAUCAGUGACAAUGCUUCGAACAUGGUUAAGGCCUUUAAUUUCUCAGUACCUGGAUAUACUGAACCUGAUGAUCAAAAUUCUCUCAAUGAGGAUAAUUUAGAUGGUGAUUUUGAACAGGGAACAAUAGAGAUAGAAAAUCCUUUUCCUCAGCAUAAACGGUGUUAUGCACACAGUUUGCAGUUGGUUAUAAAGGAUGCUUUUGAGGAGUGUGGUCAAGGCAUUCAAAAGAUGCAAUUCUUCUUGUACAGAGAGAAAAAAAUGUCAGUGGCAGUAUGGUGA